AUGAAAAGCAUUUACUAUAUGCUGGGACUUCUUUUCAUGCUACUUCAAGGAAGUUUCCAAAAUCCAAUCCAGGAAACAGAAGACAAAUCCAGAUCAGUCAAAGCUGCAAGGACUGAAGCACUAGAUGAUUCAGAUCACCACAAUGAAGUUAAACGUCACUCACAAGGCACAUUUACUAGUGAUUACAGCAAGUACCUAGACUCCAGGCGGGCUCAAGACUUUGUCCAGUGGUUAAUGAACUCAAAAAGAAGCGGAGGAAUGUCAAGACGUAAUGUUCAGUUUGAAAGACAUGCUGAAGGAACAUAUACCAAUGAUGUAACCCAAUUUUUGGAAGAAAAGGCAGCCAAAGAAUUUAUUGAUUGGUUGUUAAAAGGAAUACCAAAGAAACAGAGACUCUCAAGGCACGCAGAGGGGACUUUCACUAGUGAUAUGACCAGCUUUUUGGAAGAAAAAGCAGCCAAAGAAUUUGUUGAUUGGUUAAUUAAGGGAAGACCAAAGAGAAAUUUCUCAGAUGUUUCCGCUGCAGAUGACAUGGACAGAAGACACGCUGAUGGCAGUUUUACCAGUGACUUCAACAAAGCCCUCGAUAUCAAGGCUGCCCAAGAAUUUUUGGACUGGAUCAUCAACGCCCCAGUUAAGGAAAGGGAUUUGCUGGAAGAACAAUAA